AUGCCUGUAACAGACAUUAUCGAAAUGGUCGCAGGCCUUCUUACCAAGAUCACCACCACCAACGAUCGACAGCACGAACAUCACCGCCCGAUGCCUCUCACAGAGGAACAGAGUCAUCUGAACCCACACGCUUCCUGUGUGCUAGCAUUUCACGGCAAGAACGUCCCCGGGAUAACGAUCCUCAGUUAUCUGAGUCGGAUACACAAGUAUUGUCCGACUACCUACGAGGUCUUCCUGAGUCUGCUGGUUUACUUUGAUCGCAUGACUGAGAUGGUCAACCGAGGCCUUUUGGGGGACGUCGACAAGCGACCUGCCGAUUCCCCGGCCACAGCACCAGAGUCAUCUACGCCCACUCCGCGUUCACCGGUGCCCAUGAAUGUGGACAGUCCUCAAGAGCACCACGAUAUCAGCACCCCGCCCUCUCCAUCGGACUCACGCCACCAAUCCCAAACUCAGCAUCCCUCCUCACCUCAAUCCAGCAUUCCGACCGACCUGUCGCAAUUCUUCGUGGUUGAUAGUUACAACAUCCAUCGCCUUGUAAUUGCUGGUGUCACUUGCGCCAGUAAAUUCUUUUCUGAUGUAUUUUACACGAAUUCUCGAUAUGCAAAGGUCGGAGGACUUCCUCUGGCGGAACUGAACAACUUGGAGCUUCAAUUCCUCCUUCUCAACGACUUUAGACUUUCUGUCCCGGUGGAGGAGCUCGAAGCUUACGGUACCAUGCUGGUUGAGUUUUAUGCUCGAGAAUUGCUAGCCCAGCAACAGCUCGCUCAACAGCAGCAACAGCACCAUCAAGCAGGCUCGGCUGUUCAUUCUCCUGCCGCUGGUGUAGGAGAUGGGAUGUACAUGCGCUCCCACGGAGAUGAGAUUGGGUCAACGCAGGAGUAA